UCGGAGAGAAGUAUUUGCCUACUAAUCUAAAUCGAUGUGAACUAGACAUGGUUGAGUAAGAAUUAUUCCACAGCGAUCAGAGGAUCAUUCAGUAUUAGAAAUCAAGUGUACUGAACCGUAACGUUAGAACUUUAGAAAUAAACUGUAAUUAUUUAUUAUUCGCGUUAUCUCGAAUACAUUUGCAAAGGAGCAUAUAAAACGGAUUUUUAAAAAGUCAUAAAACAUCGUUUUAGCAUUGAACGUUGAAGAUUUUACCACCGAUAACUGAAUAUUAAAAAAACACUCCACUUUUUGUUUUAUUUACACCGUUGAAAUGGGAAAUAUCGCUGCAGUAAUCCCAUAGGCAGCUGUUAGAAAAAUAAAAUGGAGAAAAUACAUUUUUUCCUGGCUUCGUCAGGUACAGCUCUUAGAAAAAAAAAUUGCAUUGUUGUAUUUCAAUGAAAACAAAGAAAACGACUCUUUCUCAUCGGAAGUGACGCCAGGGGUGUCGGACCCAUAAAAAGUGGGGUGUCCGCUUGGGUACUUUUGUUCAAGUUCAUGGUCAAAUGUGGGAGACGUUGGCACGUAAGAUCUUACAUUCCAGUUCUUAUAGAGGAUGAAGCGCAUUAUCUUGACUUGGGCGCUGUUUGCACUCUGUUCGUGCGCCUCUGAAAACAAGGCCAGCACCUUCAAUGCUGAGGAUCCUGAGUAUGACGGGAGCAUCUUCUUCAGAAAUGAGGACCAAGAUGAGAUAGAGAAGCUCAGUCCAGAGGAACAAAAACGGAGGCUGGCAGUAAUUGUGAAGAAGAUUGACACAGAUUUGGAUGGCUUUCUAACUGAAGGCGAGAUCAGUUUAUGGAUACAGCAGGUGUAUAGACGAUAUGCUGUAGAAGAUGUGGCAGAGAAGUUCUUGGAAUUUGAUAAAGAUGGUGAUGGGGCUGUAUCUUGGAAUGAAUACACCCUGCUGGUACAUGAUCGCAUCAUUGACAUGGACGAGGAUAAGGUGCCAGAGAACUCUGAAGAAAAAUCUCUUCACUUCUUGCACUUGAAGGAAAAGCAGCGCUUUGAUCAUGCCAAUACAGAUGGGAAACCCGGUUUGAAUGUAACAGAGGUGCUUGCUUUUUUGCAUCCAUCAGAAGUGGACCAUAUGUCCAAGUAUGCCAUCGAGGACGUGUUGAAUGAAUACGAUCGAGACAACGAUGGGUUUAUCAGUCUGCAUGAAUUUCUAGGGGAUCUUCGAAGUCCAGAUGGAGUAAAUCAAUCGCAGUGGGAAAUUGAGGAGAAACUGCGUUUUGUGAACCUCUACGACCGGGACAACGAUGGCAAACUGAACUAUGAGGAGCAGCUGCUGUGGGUGGCACCCAAUAGUUACGGCACAGCAAGGGAGGAGGCUCUCCACCUGAUCCAGGAGAUGGACCGGAAUGGGGAUGGCAGGUUAUCGGAAAUGGAGAUCAUGAGCAACAUGCAGACAUUCAUGGACAGCGAAGUGACCGACUACGGCAGGCAGCUCCAUUCUGUGCAUGAUGAACUUUAGUUUCAAAUUUUAUUUUUUUAUAAAUAAAAAUGCACUGUUUUUCCCCA